UUAUAGACGAGUACUAAUGCAAUACUUACAUACAUUUCAAUGUAACAAUAAAUAUUAAAACACAUUGACAACUAGUUGUGCAACAAUAAUGUAAUUUUAAAAUUAAAAAAUAUGUAAUAUGUAUAUAUAAAGCAAAUUUUCCUUGUGAAAAUUUAUUAGUGAUAAGUAUGUCAAACAAUCGUGUCUACCUUUCGUAUAAUAGUAAUUAGUGUCAACAGUGAAUUGAGAAGAUUCAGUGAAAUAAUUAAAGAAGCAAACAAGCAAGCAGAGAAAUUAAGUUCAAGAUUGUAUUGAUUGGUAAAAAGGAUAAAAAAUAUUUAAACAAAAAAAUGGGCAAAAAACAUGAUGACGUGGAAGCGGAAGUGUCAAGUAUAUCUUUUUUUACCUUGUACAGAUUCGCAGGCACUAAAGAUAUCAUUUACAUAGUAACAGCACUAUUAUGUUCAGUUGCAAGCGGGUGUAUGAUGCCAGUUACCAUGAUCUUGUUCUCAAAUCUAUCUCAAAAUAUGGUGGACUACGGAAUUUCUUUGAAAAAUGGAUCACCAGAAGAUGAUGUAUUCUUGGAAGGACUACGAUUCUUUGCGACAAGAAUAUCUAUUGUGGGCGUUGUAGUUAUUAUUUUAUCCUAUGUUUCGACAGUUUUAAUGAAUGUAGCAGCACAUAAUCAAGUAUAUAAGAUAAGAGAGGAAUAUCUAAAAACAGCACUAAAUCAAGAUUUCGGCUAUGUUGAUACACAUCAGAUGGGCGACUUCGCUGCAAAAAUGAGCAGUGAUAUUAUAAAGCUGGAAGAUGGUAUCGGUGAAAAAUUAGCGACCGCUGUCUUCUAUUUAACAGUUACCGUCAGUUCAAUUGUUACAGCUCUGGGAUUAGGAUGGAAACUAGCAUUAUUAUGUCUAAUAUCAUUUCCUAUUACAUUUGGUCUACUUGGACUAGCAGGAUGGUUGAGCUCGAGACUCUCUACGAAAGAAGCUGAAGCAUCAGGCAAAGCCGGAGCGGUAGCUGAUGAAGUUAUAUCGGCAAUUCGCACUGUAUAUGCUUUUAGUGGGCAACAAAAAGAAAUAGAAAGAUAUGAAAGUCAUUUGAGAGAUAUACGAAAAGUUAAUAUAAAAAAAGGCUUCUACAACGGUUUAUCUAUGGGAAUAUUAUUUUUCUGUAUCUUUGGUUCAUAUGCUCUCUCUUUUUGGUUUGGAUACAAGUUAACGGUAGAUGAACCUGAAAUAUACAAUGUAGCUACCAUUCUCGCUGUGUUCGUAAAUGUUAUGACCGGUUCGGAACAUUUCGGUAUGUUGUCGAGUCUUGUGGAGGUGUUCGGUGUCGCAUGCGGUGCUGGUGCACAGAUUUUCAGUUUGAUCGACAACGUGCCGACUAUCGACUCGUUACUAAACAAGGGCGCGGUGCCCAAACAUAUCGAUGGGAAUAUUGAACUGAAAAAUGUCGUGUUCCACUAUCCUUCAAAACCCGACGUGCCAGUACUGAAAGGUGUGAGCCUGAGUGUGAAACGCGGUCAGUCAGUAGCGCUAGUGGGACACUCUGGAUGCGGCAAGUCAACCAUCAUACAGCUAAUAUCACGCUACUACGACGUUAUAGACGGAAGCGUUUGUGUGGACGACACUGAUGUCCGUGAGUUAUCCGUUCGAUGGCUGCGCGAUCAGAUUGGCCUGGUGGGCCAGGAGCCAGUGCUGUUCAACACGACCAUCAGGGAGAACAUCCGCUACGGACGGGAGGACGCCACCGAUUUUGAAAUCGAAGCCUGCGCCAAACAGGCUAAUGCGCACAUUUUCAUAACGAAAUUACCUGCGGGUUACGACACACUAGUGGGUGAAAGAGGCGCAUCUCUGUCAGGCGGACAGAAACAGCGUAUCGCUAUAGCACGUGCGUUAGUACGAAAUCCACAUAUCCUACUCCUUGACGAAGCUACCAGUGCACUUGAUACAGAAUCUGAAGCAAAAGUGCAAAAAGCGCUGGAUAAGGCACAAGAAGGCCGCACGACUAUUAUAGUAGCACAUAGAUUGUCAACCAUAAGAAAUGUUGAUAUGAUAUACGUAUUUAAAAGUGGAGAAAUAAUUGAAUCUGGCAAUCAUGAUGAAUUAAUGGAGAAAAAAGGGCAUUAUUACGAUAUGGUGAUGAUACAAACACCUCCUGAAACUGAAGGAAUCUCAGAAAAACCAAACAAUACUCGUAAAUUAUCCAUAAUGAGUGAAAAAGAUGAUGAUGAAAGCAUGCAAUCAAAGUCUACAGAAAGUAUACAAGUAGAAGAAACGAUUCAGGACGUAUCCUUCUUUGAGGUGGUAAAAUUAAAUUCUCCAGAAUGGAAACCUAUUAUUGUUGCCAGUGUUUGUUCUUUAUUGAGCGGGUUUGCUAUGCCAAUUAUCGGUGCUAUAUUCGGGGAUUUUGUAGGGGUGUUCUCUAAUUUUGAUAAGGAUGAAGUUAUAUCUGAAAUACAUAAAUUUGUAAUCAUAUUUAUUGUCGUGGGUAUACUUGCUGGAAUUACAAAUUUUAUUACAGUAUAUUUGUACGGAGUAGCUGGGGAAUACUUGACUGAGAGACUACGGAAAAUUAUGUUCGAGAAACUUCUGCAACAAGAGAUCGCAUAUUAUGAUGACAAGAAUAAUUCCACAGGUGCAUUGUGUGCGCGGUUAGCUGGUGAAGCUGCGGCGGUGCAGGGAGCUACAGGACAAAGAAUUGGAACAGUUUUGCAGGCAAUAGGAAGUUUAAUUCUAGCUCAGAUUCUUUCACUUUAUUAUGAAUGGCGAGUGGGCUUGAUCGCAUGUGCUUUUGUACCAUUUAUGGCUGUAAUAGUUUAUAAAGAAGGACGAAUGUUGAACGCCGAAUCUUUUGGAAAUGCUAAGAUUAUGGAAUCCAGUUCUAAGCUGGCCGUUGAAGCAGUAUCAAAUCUACGUACCGUUGCGUCACUUGGCAAAGAGAAAAUGUUCUUGAAUAGUUAUUCUCUGCUACUUCGCCCGGGUUUGGAACUCGCUAAACGAACAGCACAUUGGCGAGGAAUUGUCUUUGGUCUAUCACGAGGCUUCUUCAACUUCAUUUAUGCAGCAGCUCUAUACUAUGGCGGAAUACUCAUUAUAACAGAGCAUAUAGAAUACGCAACAGUUUUAAAAUCAGCUGACUCACUUUUAAUAGGCGCGGCGACAGCAGCGCAAGCUUUCGCUUUUGCUCCAAAUUUUCAUAAGGGAAUAAAAGCAGCUGGACGUGUUAUAGUCUUGCUUAGAUUGCAAUCUAAAAUAACGGAUCCUUUACAACCUAUAAAAGAAUUUAAAGGAAAUGGUGCAGCAUGUCUCCAGGGAGUAUAUUUCAAAUACCCAACUCGACCAAAUGUUCAAGUUCUUAAAGACAUGAACCUGAAAAUAGACCAGGGUCAAACAAUAGCAUUGGUCGGCGCAAGCGGCUGCGGUAAAAGCACAGUUAUACAACUACUCUUGAGAUACUAUGAUCCUGAUGUAGGAAUUGUGGCUCAAGAUGGUGUACCCAUAAAACAUCUAAACUUAGCAGAUGCUAGAAGAACAAUAGGCUUCGUCCAACAAGAACCGAUAUUGUUUGACCGAACCAUCGGCGAAAACAUUGCGUACGGGGACAAUUCGCGGCAACCAAGUAUGGAUGAAAUCAUAGAAGCUGCCAAACAAGCGAAUAUACACAACUUCAUUAUAUCAUUGCCUUUGGGAUACAAUACAAACAUCGGUUCAAAAGGUGCGCAGUUAUCCGGUGGACAAAAACAGCGUGUAGCCAUAGCCAGGGCAUUACUAAGACGUCCACAAAUAUUACUACUUGACGAGGCCACUAGUGCCCUCGAUACCGAGAGUGAAAAGGUAGUGCAGGAUGCGCUAUCGGCGGCGAGCGCGGGCCGCACAUGCGUGACGAUCGCGCACCGGCUGAGCACCGUGCGCGACGCGCACCGCAUCUGCGUGCUCGGCGACGGACGCGUACUCGAAGCCGGCACGCACGACCACCUCAUGCGGCUCAAGGGGCUCUACUACAAUCUUAAUAGAUCGGGCAAUAGUUAACAUGAUGCAAAAUUAAAUGUUACUUUAUCUACUUACGUACUGAUCGUGGACUGUAUAUCAGCUUAACUCGAGAACAUACCAGCCUGGCGUUUUACAGAGUUAUAUUUAAUAUUAUUAAGUAUGUAAAUAAAGAAUCAAUUUCAUAAAGAAAUAUAAUUAAAUAAGAUUAAUUGAAUUAUGUGUCAAGGAGAACUUA